CAGGAGAUAAAUCAGUAGCUUUCAUUUUUACGUUUAGCUUGCCGGUGAUUCAAAGCUGAGAAUCUGAAAGGGAGACAAUUUCUACAAUCACCAGUGAAGAAGGGUGGCAGGUAGAACUUGACCAACUUUCAUAGCCAGUCCUGAUUGAUUUAUGAAUUAUAUUCAUGUUGGGCUCCAUGAAUGGAUUUUCAACCAGGGACAUUUUUGGAUGAUUCAGGAAUAUUGCCAGUGUCUAAUGCAGAAGACAUUAUCCACAGUACACCCGUCAAGUCAUCUAUUCCUCCAUUUUCCACCAAAAAGAAAGCACACACGAAGAAAACUAUCAGUGUACCACCGCAGACUGGGGGAUUAAGCUCACAACAAAGACGCAACGAUAAACCACGCCACCAUGAGAGAAGCAACACCAGUCGAGUGGCACCCUUAGCUCACACACCUCCACCUAGUACGAUGCCACAACAACAGUUCCCUCCCUUUGAUGUAGGCAUUGCGCAAAGGCCCCCAGCAGAGGGAACAUACAAUAACCAGUAUGAAAGUUAUCGUAAUAUGUCAAUACCAUAUGCAGAAAACAAGAAAAUUUCAACUUCUCCAGCAGGACAAAGACAAUUGUCAACAUUUGGUCAGUCUGUGAGUGGACAGUAUGGUGGUCAGUCUAGUGUGAUCAGAUCAGAACCUGGAGCAGUGACAAGUCCAGCUAGAGCUCAUGAAAAAUACUCAUUUAGAUCUCAGAAUGCCUCUGAUCUUGAGAGCUCAACUAUAAAGAGGCAAAGACAGGAGAUUCAGCUGUUGGUUGCUGAGUUACAAGAUCGUGACAGGGAACUUAAUGACAUGAUGUCUGCCCAUCAACAGCAGUUGUUGGCAUGGGAACAGGACAGGCAAAGAAUCCUAAUUCUAGAACAGAAAUGUGCAAGAUAUGAUGGUGAUUUAAAUGAGAGGAACAAGCAGUUAAAGAGUGCCAUGUCACGACUGAAGCUAUUAAAGAAUGAAAGUCACAACCACAACUCAACGCUGGAGUCAACAGUGGAACAGCUGGCCAAACUGAGCUCAGAGAACAGUCAUCACACCACAGUCAUACAGGAACUGGAGGAGAAGAACCAGUCAUUGAGCUUAUCCAAGAGAGAACUGUCCAAUACCAUUGGUCAACUCCAGGCCAGAGAACAUGAAAUGGUCACUUUGGUUAAACUUAAGGAACAAGAUCUGACCAGUGCAACCUCCCACAUACAGGAGCUGAAUGACCGGUUAAAACAACUGGACAUUCGUUGUAAAGAGUGUCAGAAUGGAGAAGUGGAGGCUGUUAAACAGGCAAACCAAUGGAAACAGAAACAUAGUGACCUUAAAAAGGAAUUGGAAGUCUCCACAGAGUUGGUGACAAGGAGAGACUCUGAGGUACAGGAGAUGACUGGGAAACUGGACCAGAUGAAACACCUACAGGCUGUCAUGCAGGAUGAGUUUAAUGAUCGUGAGAAAUGUAAGGAACAAGUGAUUGAAUCUCUUAGAGCGAAGCAAGGCAGAACAGAUCAUCAGCUGCGACAUGUUAGAGAGUUGUAUGAACGCCAGCAGAGGGAGAUGAAUUUGUUACAGCUGAACCUAGACACAACAAAGGAAAUAAUUACAAAACAACAAGGCAGUUUGGAGGAAUAUAACUCAUCUAGAGGAAGUGGCAGUUAUGGCAGUAAGUCUCACAGCAGUCUUUCUCCUCCUCCACCUUCCAACGAGUCACCACUGUAUUAUAACUCAGAAAAUCAGAAUCGAUCACAAAAAUCAUGUUUACCAAAAAAGGAAUUAGCUGAAAAACAGAACCAUUCAUAUCGCCACAGUGUUAAUUCCUCUCAGAUACCAGCACCAUCAUCAUCUUCAAAUCGCAAGAGUGGUAAUUCUUCCCGUACAUCAGAGAGACAUGAGCGGCACCACCAUCAGCAUCAUUCACCGGAGUUAGUUCCUGCAAGCCCACUUGAAGCUAGAAACUUCCAUCAGAGUUUACCAGCAGGGUUGUUGGAAUCAGAAAACUUCAGUAGGCAGCAGAAGUCAAAUUCGCCAAAAAGUAAAAGACAGAUUUUUCAUAAACUUUUACCUGUUGUUCAAGCUCAAGCACAAAAUGAACAAGUACAACGUACCCGUCAAGGUACUCUUGUUCAACCUGAACAAACUGAAGAUUUUGAACAAAUAUCUGAGCAAAACCAGGAUAGUGAUGGUCAAUUUAGGACUCCACCAUUGUGUAAAUUUGAUAAGCAUAGAAGUGGUCGAGAGGAAGUGAAUGCCAGAGCCUCACAGAACAACAGCUGGAACGGAGAUAACACUUCACCAAAAUCUGUCAGAAUGACAGAAUUAAGGGAGGUCGCCAAGACUAUCUCUCCUGUUUCUACCAGACAUCAUUCACACAGUUAUAGUGAACAGGAACAGAGACAUAUACAUGUUAAAGAUGAUCAGAUGGGGAACAGUUCACCUAGAAAUUCCAGUAGAAAGUGGCCUGACACAGAAGCCAUUCAGGCCCAUACUUCAGCUGAAAACAUAUCUGUAUCCUUUGAAGACAGACUUUCUUCGUUUCUGGAUGAUGAACCACAGUUUGAAGAGAAUUCCUCAGACAGAAGACAUCUUGCUAACUCUGAUCCUGAAUCUUCACCGGGUAGAAAAUUACAACGUCUUUUACAAGAAUCAAAGAAAAUGAUAGAAAAUUUGGAGAAAUCUACAAACCCGUCAUCUCCAUUAAAAGAGGACCAACCCAAUGCAAGAGGCAGCCUGUGAAACAGAUUGAUUUAUUGUGCACGCCUGUAUAAAUCACCCAACACAAAAGUUGAUAUUAUAUCUGUAACUGUUAAAAUAUUUCUCAUAAUUUGUCAUCCAUGUGAUAUGGUCAGCUACUGACAUUUAAAUCUGUUUAGUGGCUUUACUGACCAGGUAUAUGGAUCUGUAUUACAUCAAACAAUUCAUCCAAAAUUUUAUUAGAAGCAGAAUUAGGUAUAGACUUAAACUUCAUUGUAUAACAAUUUAUUUAUCUUAGUAAAGCAGUUUGUUUUAAUUAGUGACCUGAAAAUGUCAUUUGAAAUUUUGCAAAAAAAUUAAUCUAGCUGGAAAUACAACUUUUUUUGGAGCAAAAUAUAUUUACUGAAAAGGAAUUUAAAAAGCUUUACUU